GAGGGCGGUUUAUGGUAGGUGACUUUCUGCCUUACUGCGUACUUCGGUUAACGCGUUCGAUUCACUGACGGUUGCGCGCAUGCAGUAGUCACCGCUGGACAGGCAGUUCACCGUCACAGAGAGUUCAUCGCACACGCGUAUUGUUUGUUUGUACUCGUUUCUUCGCGUGAAUUCGAAAAGAUGAACGUGAAACAAAUCAAGCAGUCGAUGCUCACAGCGACUGCCACGUCCAACAAGCGGGAGCUGUUCUUCCGCUCGGACGGCAGCAAGCACAGCGUCGAGAAUGGCAUCAGCACGAUGAGGAAGGAGGACCGUGACAUGCGCGAGCGCGAGAAGAAGGAGGAACCGUCGGCGGCGGCGAUGCAGCGCAGCAACAAGAGCGUCGACGGCUACGUCGGCUUCGCCAACCUUCCCAACCAGGUGUACCGCAAAUCGGUGAAGCGAGGCUUCGAGUUCACGCUGAUGGUAGUCGGUGAGUCUGGACUCGGCAAGUCUACUCUCAUCAACUCCCUCUUCAUGACAGAGCUAUACAACGCAGAACAUCCGGGCGCAUCUCUACGCAUCAAGAAGACAGUGCAGGUGGAGUCGACCAAUGUGAUACUGAAGGAGAGUGGAGUGCAGCUGCAGCUGCAAGUCGUUGACACGCCUGGCUUCGGUGAUGCCGUCGACAACAGCAAUUGCUGGCAGACGAUCAUCGACUACAUCGAGCAGAGAUACGAGGAGUACCUGAACGGCGAGUCACGCGUUAACCGCAAGACGAUGCCAGACGCACGUGUCCACUGCUGCCUCUACUUCAUCAGUCCCAACGGACACGGGUUGAAACCUCUGGACAUCGAAUUCAUGAAGAAGCUGCACGACAAGGUGAACAUCAUUCCAGUCAUCGCGAAAGCUGACACGAUGACGCCAGAGGAGUGCACCAGCUUUAAGAAGACAAUCUUAAAUGAGAUUGCUCAACACAAAAUUAAAAUCUACGACUUCCCAGACAUAGAGGAUGAAGAGGAGAACAAGACCAACAAAUCGCUCAAGGAGCGAGUGCCAUUUGCCGUCGUUGGCAGCAAUACAGUAAUAGAGGUCUCUGGCAAGAAGGUGCGGGGUCGACGGUAUCCGUGGGGAAUUGUCGAAGUUGAGAACAUGGAGCACUGUGAUUUCAUUCCUCUGCGAAACAUGCUCGUGCGUACGCACAUGAUGGACCUCAAGGACGUCACCAACAAUGUCCACUACGAGAACUUCCGCUGCCGAAAGCUCGUCGGCAUCACGUCCGACGGAAAGUCGGGCAAGAUUCCCAACAAAAGUCCGAUGAUGCAGAUCGCUGAAGAGAAGAAGGACCGGCUAGACAAGAUGAAGAAGACCGAGCAACAGAUGGAGCAAGUGUUUGAAAUGAAGGUCAAGGAAAAGAUGCUGCAGCUGAGGGAUUCAGAGGCAGACUUGCAGAAGCGACACGAGCAGAUGAAGAAGUCGCUGGAGCAGCAGGAGAAGGAGCUGGAGGAGAAGAGAAGGCAGUUCGAAAACGAGAAGUCGAUAUUCGAGUCGACGCAGAUCGACAGCCGCACCAAGUCCCUGGAGGCUGGCUCCAAGGAGAAUGCCCGCAAUGGCAAAUAUUCGACUUGGGGUGGUCACUCUGGUCCUGGUCGAAGCCUCGAGGGCAAGAAAAAGGAUAAGAAGAAGGGCUUCUUUUAACUCUUCCAUCGCCCCGGUGACGAUGUGCUAGCGACUGCGCUUUUCGCGUCUAUGUAUAUCAGACAAGCAGGUCACCCGUGCUUGUUUACUGUUUACCUGUAAUGGAGUAUGUGUGUGCGUCAGUGUGCGUACGUGCGUGCGUACGUGCGUGUGUGUGAUUGUGUGCACACGUGCAUGCGUGUGUGCGAAUAUGUGCGUAAAUGUGGUGAGGCAGAGAUACUCAUGUGCUAGAGUGGGUGAGUACGGGCAAUAGUUGAAGUCAUAUCAUUUUAUAAUCUGCUUGUUGAGGGAGCAUUCCGUGGUGGGGUGGGGGAAAGGGGUCUAGAUAUAGGGGAACACAAAGCACGCAUUCCAUUGCAGGUUGGCCGUAUGCAAGUGUUGGUGUACCUGCGUUUCUGCCUGCGCAUUAGUAUACUGCAAAAGCAUGGCUAUCAUUUUUGCCGACGUUCGUAUGAUUUGUUUUCGUUUAUGGCUGAGUGGCAAGUUUUGAGUUUCAGCAUGGAUCAAGUCGAUGAUAGAUCACAUUCUGUUAUUUGCUCAGCGUAUAGUGCGCGUUUGUGUAUCUUCCAGCCAUUCCGUGUAUGCUAUUUUUUGAUUUCGGUCCUCACAUUGUCGUAUCCAUUUCGCUUCUUUGUAGGAAGGUGUCGAUUUUUGGAACGAUGAAGAAACUGAAACAGUAAGGCCAGCCAGGCAGCAGAUAUGCCUCUCUAGCUGCCAGGUAACACUUGGCGCUGUCAUACAGGCUCUUACUCUACUGCGGUGACCUAACCAACGAACCACACUGUUAAGUACUGCCAACGUAGUUUCUGCUCUUUGUGUAUAUAUACUUUUUCCUAAUACGUUCUCGCCGAUGACAGGGCGCGUGGGUUCAGUGAUCGAAACUACCCAUAUGCUGCACCCGUCAUCGCAUAAACCCUGCUUCUCUCGUUUUCGGUAAAUAGUCGUAACGAUAGUGUAGUGGCGAGUGAGGUUUGUGGGGUAGGUCACCUAAGGAGAGCAUUUGUAGAGUGGAAGUUGCAUGACAUAUUGAGCUGAGAGCUGGAAGUUUGAAUUAAUCGGAAGAUAGAGAAAUAGCGAGAGAGCAUGCUUCCUUCUUUCUCUGCCCCAUGCAGAAUGAAUGCCGGUUAUAUAAGAGCCACACCGAGCAGACAGUAGAACUUCAGACCAGCAGUAAUGCUGGCGUCUGUCGGCUGUGGAUUGUACAUAGUGGUGAUGGCUUCCAUUCUUUGCUCUGGUUGUUCCAAAGAACCAUUCAUUGUUAUUUCGUUUUUAACAGAUACACCCUACCCUGCUGGCUUUUUAAACAAAAAUUUGUGUACGUUCGUGAUAUCGAGUCUUGUAAUCGAAUUCUUUGGAACAACCAGCGUACUUCACUUGGGCUCAGUAUUUAGAUGUAGACCACAAUUGCACCGAGCUCUCACUCUCUGCUGUAAAUAUAGGCUGGUUAACAAACUAACAGAUGUAUCGUGGCGCCAUCUAGCUUACUUGCGUGAGAACACAUUCUAAAAUCGUCUACGUAUGAUUGUCUCAUCGGCCCCUCUACUCACAUCUGUUGGUCCUCAGCAUUGUAUGUACGAACGCACGUGUCCAGCACGGAACCGCCACAUUUUGACGUCUACGUAGCGUAGAACGUCAACUUUAGAGAGUUUUAACAGCUGCAUGUGACUGACUUUGAUUGAUACGCACGCUGCUCAGAGAUGUGCUGUGGUUUUAGUUUCCGUGCUUCAAAGCGCGGCGUGGUUGCGGGAGUGAAUGUGACAGAUUUACGUGCUGGACGCGUGCGUUACUCGCAGUGAUGGGUGCAUUAAUUAGCGUGGAAUUCGGAAAUUGGCGAGAAAACUGAAUGGAAUUUGAUCGGUGCUUUUGCAUUUAUACUUGAUUACAAGCGAGCAGACGUCGGCGCUUAGUUAUAGACGCGCGUUACUGCUUUCUUUCAUGAACGUCGCUGUACGUGUUUUCGACCAAGAGUCUAGUUGAUGCGUUCUUAACAUAAGUUAAUUUGUUGUCAUGUUUCCUUCUCGUCAGUGUGUAUAAUCAAUUUUUGGCAAUAUGUAUGGUAUGAUCAGUGUUUUUUUGCUAUUUAAGUGAACGUUUUUUUGUAUUUAUUUCCCAUUGACGGUAAUUGUAGGCAGACGUGAGUUCACUGAUUAUAAGAUGUAGUUAGCAGUAUUAAUCACAACCAACAUUGCACUGCAUGCCAAUUCAUUGAUGUUCCUGUCGCGUGCCGCGGGAAUGUAGGUAGUGUCCCUCACAGCAUGUUCCUGUGUGUGCACGGCCCCUUCCCCACUAGUUUUAAGCAAAUUGCUUUGCGAAUCGGUUUCAUCUAAUCGGUCUGCUUCGCUGGAGUGUUCGGCUUUUCUCAUUCAUUUACUUCUCCCGUGAAUUUUCGCCCACAAGCAGUCCCGCUAUGACGCGUUCGAGCAAUCGGUUGUUGUGCGGGCGUGGGCGGAAGCUAUGAGCUUGUUAUCACUGCCUGUUGCCGUGAUACGUUGUUCGCUAUGGACACGCCACCUGCUGGCCAAACACAAGCCAAUUCCGGGAGAGACACAUAUCCUCUAGUGCCAACGCUGUGCCGGUCGCCGAAAGAGAACACCGCAGGACGCAAGCAUUCGAUUCGCCGAUGAUUUGGCGUGAGGAGGGUGCGCAUUCUGCUCUUCUUCCCUCGCGCGUGUUUCAACGAUUCAUUUCUUCAGAUGUACGUGUGAUUAUCCAUUCCUAGUGCUUAUCAACGCUAGGCUGUAGUAGUUGUAGGAGUAGUGAUAGUAGUAGGAGGAUAAGAGUGCAAUACGAUUUGCUCUUUUUUAAACACCCCGGAGAUGCCGCUGUUUUCUAUGUACUGUACAUUGCUGCGUCGUUGCAUACGGCUGCCUGCAAAGAUGCACACGGCCGGCGCUUGCACGCCCCGUGAAACUUCAAUUAGCUUCGAAUUUGGGAUGAGGAGCGGAUGCUGCGUGGAUGUAAGACUAAUGUUCUCCACGAGCGUGUAUACCAGCGCUAUCUCUCUCAGAAUUCCGGGUGCCCCGAUGAGACACGCAUUAGAGUCAUUGCGGUGCUUUUGUGUAACCAUUCACCUGACAGAGCAUGCCUGCUGUGUACACGCGCAUUGGUUUCACUGCACGGGUUUCUGAGUUGACGUAUCUGUCUGGGGUCCAUCGACAGUUUAGCCAAUUAGCGUUGCGAUGGUGGCGUUCUAAAAAAUCUCCAAGCGCCUGUGGUUAUCUCGCCCAGACACCUAGGUCAAUUCUGAUAUAUAAAGAUGGCGUUAUGUAACCGUGCGUGUCAGUUUACGGAAUGGUUUUCAAUCCAGUAAAGCCAUUUGUGUUUCACUUGGUGUUCUAUAUUCGUGAGAAUGAAAUGCGCAAUUGCGUCCUCCGGAUAAGAUGUAAUGUGUCCGGGCUUUCGAGCCCUAUCGUUAUAUUAUAUAUGCAUUCGUUCUGGAAAUUCCUUUAUCCAUUGAAUAUGUGUGAAAGAUUUCGUCUGUCGAUCAUCGUCGUCUUGUAAAUUCUAGUUCGAAUGCUCGCCGUCACGACAAGUUUUUAGAUUAUUGUUUAUAUGUAGACUCGAUAUGUUUGACAUGUGUAAAAUAGCAGAUGUUGUGCGUGUGUCUUCUUUAUGCGGUUCUUUCUUCCUUUUACUCGUCAUGUAUGCUGUUGUUGACAAACUAGUUCCUAUUACGCUAACAUCUAUUGCGUCCGUACGCGAAAUAUCCGACGGCAGUUUUCUGGAAAUCCCAUUUCGUGUGAUGACGGAGAGUGCUGCCGUGACACUUAACAGACAGCGUAAUGCCUAAUUAAGCAUGGCGUUGCUAAUUGUCAUUCCAGUCGCGCGCGAUUCUGAGCUCUUUUGUUGCGUCGUCAUCAGAACGAGAGAAUGUCAUCUUUGCGGAACAGACUUGAAUCGCCGUGCUUAAAUUGUUGUUAUCGGUUUAGUGUUUGCAUUACUACUUACGAGGCGAACAUUGAGGGGCCAUCAGUGCCAGGGUCAGGAAGAGUUCAAAUUAAAUGCAUUAAAAUAAAUACGGAAUCUGUAACCGUUGAUAAUAAAAGCCGAGUUCUAUCUUAAAUGCUUUCUGUAUGCAUUAAGUAUAAUAACAGUAAUGUUAAUAAACUGUUUGUAAGAUA